GUCUUGAUGUAAUAUUUCAAUUGUACAAUUUAAUCAUUCUAAAUGAAAGUUUUAUACAUUUUAUAUCAAGACAUUUUCUUUUGAACCGUAUGUUUGUUUAGCAAUUGCUACAUUGCUAAAUAAACAUGCAUAUUAAGUGCAUGAAAGCCAAAUGGAAAUCUGUUACAGGCAGUAUUACUUGUGUUUAACAUAUUUAAGCGCUAUAUCAACAACACCACAAUCGAACGAUGGUUCGUCUGCUGAACAUUCACGGGAUAUCUGAUGCAGCCCCUUGGACCAGCUAAAAAAUUCUGCUCCUGUAAACAGUGGUAUUGGGAUYCAUUUAUUACAAAAAAUGGGAUGGAAACCAGGAGAAGGUCUUGGAAAGAAUCAAUCUGGAUCUUUAGAACCACUUUUACUGGAUGUAAAAAUGGAUAAAAGAGGACUGGUAGCUGAAGAAGAACUCCAAGGAAGCCGUAUCAAGAGAUUUGCAAAAAAAGCAACAGUGCUACCAGUGUUGUCACUGGAAGGAAAACAUCCAGUUUCAUUAUUGAAUGAAUUUUGUGCAAAACGUAAGUGGGACAUACCUAAGUUUAAUACCCUUGAUGAAUCUGGCCCUAGUCAUAGAAAAACAUUUAUCAUGACAGUAGUUGUCAAUGGAGUACAAUACUGUUCAUCAAGAUGUCAAACAAAAAAAUUGGCAAAAAUGGAAGCUGCUAAAGAGUGUUUAAAAGAAAUUGGAUUGUUAAAUACAACAAACGCAUAAUUUUUUAAAUGUCAAAAUAAAAAAUACUGGUCUUAAUUAUUUUUAUUGUUGCCUUGUA